AAUCAAUUGGUGGUGUAUGAAUGCACGAGUUUCGGCAAUGCAAUCUUUGCAUUGGAAAUAGAGCCCAAAUAAUCGGUCCCUCUCCCCUUUAAAUACACGUUUUACCUCUUCAUUUUCGAUUCAGACAACAAGUACGGCAUUUCUCAAAUACACUGGAGAUCAACUGAGAAUCUGAGAUAUUAUUACACAACAAUGGCUACCCUGAAAGUCCCUGCAUCAGUCCCUUCCCCAGCUGAGGAUGCUGAACAACUACACAAAGCCUUUUCUGGAUGGGGAACGAACGAGGCAUUAAUUAUCAAGAUUUUAGCUCACAGGAAUGCCUUGCAGCGUAAACUUAUUCACGAAACUUAUGCUGCAACAUAUGGAGAAGAUCUGCUCAAAGCUUUGGACAAAGAACUGUCAAGUGAUUUUGAGCGUGCAGUGUUAUUAUGGACUCCAGUACCAGCGGAACGUGAUGCAUAUUUGGCAAACGAAGCCACAAAGAUGUUAACAGCAAACAAGGCAGUUCUCAUGGAAAUUGCUUGCACCAGAUCAUCCCAUGAUCUCUUUAUGGUAAGGCAAGCUUAUCAUGCUCGCUACAAGAAGUCUCUCGAAGAAGACAUAGCGCAUCACACAAGCGGUGACUUCCGUAAGCUUUUGGUCCCCCUUGUUAGUUCAUUCAGAUACGAGGGUGAUGAGGUGAAUAUGACUUUGGCGAAAUCAGAGGCUAAGCAUCUGCACGAGAAGAUAUCUGAGAAGUGCUGCAGCGAUGACGAGAUCAUCAGGAUCUCGACUACAAGGAGCAAAGCCCAGCUCAAUGCAACGCUCAAUCACUACAACAAUCAAUAUGGAAAUGCUAUUAACAAGGAUCUGAAAACUGAUCCAAAAGAUGAGUACCUCUCUUUGCUUAGAGCAACAAUAAAGUGUUUGACUUAUCCUGAGAAGUACUUUGCAAAGACUCUUCGAUUGGCUAUUAACAAGAUGGGGACGGAUGAGUGGGCUCUUACUCGUGUUGUCACUACCCGUGCUGAGGUUGACAUGCAGCGUAUCAAAGAAGAAUACCAGCGCAGGAAUAGCAUCCCUCUGGAUCGUGCAAUUGCCGGUGACACUUCUGGAGACUAUGAGAAGAUUCUCCUGGCCUUGAUUGGGCAUGGUGACUGCUGAGUAAAUGUCUACUUCAGGCAAUUUCAGAUUUUAAUGCUUUAUUUGAUUUUGUAAUGGAUCAGUUUCAUUCUUAGGAUUAUUCAGUUUUCAGUUAUUCUGAACUUUAAGGUUUAAAAACUAUAUGCUUGUAUCAUAAUAAAUAUUGUGUUAUGACA